AUGGCUGUGGUCAACCAACCAGGCAGAUACGCACCGACUGACUUCCAGACCGGACUCUGUGAUUGCGCCUCAGACUGCGGAACCUGCCUCUACGGCAUGUGCUGCUUCCCGUGCCUCGGCUGCUCCAUCGCCAGUGACAUGAACGAGUGCUGCCUGUGUGGCAUAGGGUGGCCCAUUCGCAGCGUCUACAGGACCAGAUACAACAUCCAGGGCUCAAUGUGUACUGAUUUCUGCGUGGCCGGCUGCUGCACUCUCUGCGCCACCUGCCAGCUCAAGAGAGAUAUCGACCUUCGCAAGAGCCAGGGAAUUUUCUGA